AUAGAUGUUUUCAUUCAUCACGCACAAAAAAAAAAUUUAGCAUCUAUCUCUCGUCGUCCUCUGUCCUUCGUUCUUCUUUUUUUUUUCUUUGACCAAUGUCCUUCAUUCUUCUUCUCCAUCGUUUUCUUUCAUCUAUCUCUUAUCACUUUCAAUCUUUCUCUGUUUCUAGGGUUUAAUUUUUCUCUGGGAAACAAAGUAUAAGUUGUCUCAAUCAAGGAAAAUUGCCCUGCCCUAAAUCUGUUUUCCUCUCUGACAGACAAAUUGAGGAGGCAAUCUCGACGUCUUGCCUCGACGCCGACUCUUCUGUUCACCCCUUCGUCGUGGUAUCAUCCAACGUUAGGGAAAGCUUCUUCUUGCACCAGUGUUGUCAAAGUUUCGGUCAACGGUGUCGUGCCUCUGUUCCUUCUCAGAGACUCUGGUGGUGUAUGUGUAACCGAGCUCGCCGGAGACUUCAUGGAGUUGAAACCAAAUCUUAUCUUAGAGAGAUAAUCAAAGAGAGAGAUGAGAUAAUAGCUCAGAUUUUGCAUCAGAUUGCUCAGAUGAACGUGUUGCUUAUAGAUAAGAACAUUCGUAUUGAUAUCAAAUUAAGUGUUGGCGUUUGUUUUGCUGCAGAGAGAUGGUGCAUCAGUUUCAAGAUCAUUGUACAUGCCUGGGAAAAACAAAGUCAUUGUACGAGCUGUCUCUUUUGACAACAAACAACAUGUUUCCAAUGAAGUAAGUGGUGGUGAUGAAAUCACUUUGGUGUCAUCAGCAAAGGACUGGUUGUCUGAAAACUAUGGGCAAGGUGAUGGGGCUAACUAUGCAGAGGAAGAAGCCGCCAAAGAGGAUGAGGUAUUGCAGGAGACAUUUGUGGCUUGGAGAGAGUUAUAUGAGGCAGAGCUUGCAAUUGAGCUAACCAAGCUGAUGCCGGAAUCUGCUCUUACAGCACCCAAGGAGAAGAAGCUUACAGGAAGACAGUGGUUUGAGAGUGGCAAAGCGAGCAGAACAAUGGUCGCUGCUAAUCAAGAAUCUGAGGAGGAAGAUGAUGAAGACACUGACUUUACAUUGAGCAGCAUUCAAUCUCCAUUACUCAUAGAUUCACGUUUUUAACAUUCUUAAAAUAGCAGCACCGGGAUGUAAACAUGUUUUUUUGCCUAAAUAAACUUUAUGUUCAAAAAAAAGAAAAAGUAAAUGAAUGUUAAAACUUAUCUUUGAGAAAAGUUAGAUUUAAAAAUUUAACAAAACCCUAAAUA